GAACCACACACUGUGAAAGCGCGGGGCAGGAGCUUCAUCUUCUUGCAAGCGACGCGACCAUCUGGCUUUACUGCUCUUUGUCUACAUAUCGAAAUACCAAGACGUAGCCAUGGCUAAUUCCAACUUAGCCCUGCUAAUUGAUGGUGACAACGUUUCGUCAAAGAUCAUCGCUGGUCUCUUGGUAGAGAUCGCCAACUACGGAACCGCCAGUGUGAGGCGGAUUUAUGGGGACUGGACCAGUCCACAGCUCGGCCCUUGGAAGGCAUGUCUUUUGAAUCAUUCUAUAACGCCGAUACAACAAUUUGCGUACACGACUGGAAAGAAUGCCACCGAUGGCGCCAUGAUCAUUGAUGCUAUGGAUCUACUGUACACUGGCCGCUUCUCGGGUUUCUGUCUUGUGUCAAGCGACAGUGACUUCACGCGGCUCGCAUCCCGCAUUCGUGAACAGGGUGUUACUGUUUAUGGCUUCGGGAACCGCAAGACAAACAAUGCUUUCAUUGCGGCCUGUGACAAGUUCAUAUACUUUGAUGUACUCAAUAAAGAGUCGGAAGAAUUGGCGGUGCGUCCACAUGUCGCCGAGUCGACGAAGCCAGAGGGCGGACCGGUGGUCAUCCGAGACCAAUCAAUGAAUAAAAUACCGAUCGACUCCAGAGUACGCGCUGGAAUAGUCCUGGCAAUCAAGAGCUCCAAGGGGUAUGGCGAUAAUUGGGUCAAUUUAGCAAAUGUUGGAGCUCAUCUGAACAAGAUCUCACCUGACCUAAAUGCGCGAAAUUACGGGUACGAACGACUUCGCGAAUUUGUUGAAGCAACCGGACUGGUCGAUGUGAAGUUUAAACCAAUGGGUGAAAGCCCGCCAGUCGCGUUGGUCCGCCUCAAGGAGGAUAGGGAAGACAGACAUGGUAGAGACUAAGAAAUUAGAUCUCCGAGAUCUUGAGGUCGUCAACGAAGCACCAGUUGCUGUAGGCAAGUGGAAUUAUGGGAUGGGCGGGGCUAGAAUCCCAUACUCAGAUGAGAUGGCAGAGGGUAAAUAUUUUGAUCAGAUCAAGCAAAUAAUAUAGAAU